GAGAAGUGUGGCCCGGAGAGCAUUUCGUUGCUGAGGGUACACAAGACGGCAAAAGGAAAAAGAGACAUUUCUACACCCAGCACUUCCAGUUUCCAAAAAAACCCUUCCAACAGCUCACAAUAUAUAUUACCAUGGUAACAGAGGCUUUAAUGGCGCUGUACUCGAAGUGCUUGGAAUUUAAAGGGCUGUUCUACAAAUCUCGCAUGGUGCUCCCGUGUGACGGCAAGGAUGGCCUCAGUGGAAAAUUCCUGUACAUCCAAGACAAUAGCAACGAGUACACACAGACGGUUCUCUGCGAAGUCGAAGUCUUCGCUUACAGAGGUGCAGAAAAAUGCGGUGAACCGGAAAUUCCCGUGUACGGCAACGUGACAGUGGAUGGUGGAACAGCAACUUAUACGUGCGACCAAGGCUACAAGCUGCAAGGAGUCAGGAUCCGGGUGUGCUCAGUUGGAGGACUGUGGUCCGAUUACCAACCCGUCUGCGUUGAGAUUACCUGCGGUUCUCCGGACCAGUAUCCCCACGCCGAGGGCGAGACUACUAACGGGUCGUCAGCUAUAAAUGCUACUGCUGAAUAUAGGUGUGACUAUGGCUACAUGAUGUCUAAAGAGUCCAUUAAGACGAUGGUGGUAUGUCAACAAGAUGGGACCUGGGACAAAGCUUAUUUUACCUGUGACAGAGAUUAUACAAUCGAUUUAAGAUUUUAUCUUGGGGACAAGCGAAAGACUGGAUAUUCCUUCAUCGGAAGAGAAGACCCUUUUAGCUUUCCGUUAGUGACUGCAGCACUGUGCGUAGGUGUGCUUGUGAUGCUGGCUGUUGUAGUGGCCUGUAUCGUCACAUGGUAUCGUGCCAAACGAGUGAGAGAGAUGUCAGCUACUGAUGAUGAUGAUGACAAUUCUUUCGCAACAAACGAAGAAGACUAUAUUAAUUCGGAAGAAUAUCCCACACCAAGUAAUGUUCCAACAAUUUCCGUGAGUGAUCGGCCGUUCAAUGAACUGCCACCUAUUUUGGAAGAUGAAGAGUCUUUUGAAAUGCAACCCCUUGAAAUUCCAUAUAGCUGGGAACACAGAGAACUAGAUACAAAAAUUUCAAUUCCGGAAGUCCAAACCAAUGCAAAGAAAACUAUUACUUGGGGAGAAACCAAAUACCAGACGGUAUCAAAGUCCCCAACAAAUGAAUAUUGCUACAAAGCUUUAGGAAUGAGAGCAGAGGAUAGUGUGAUGUUGGAUAUGGAAACAUUGCCGGAGCCGCAAGCAGAUAUUGAAAAAGAUGAUAACAAUGAUAGCGAUGGAAGUAACACUGAGGUAAAAAUUCGUUGGUCACUCCCUUCUUCCCUCAAAUCCUUUUUUAAGUUCAAAAAAAUAUUUUUUGGAAACGAAAUGCGCAACAAGGAUCAUCCAGAGAACAAAGCCGAGAUGUGUGCUCAGGUAGAUAAUUUCCUUGACGAGAAUCCGGAGGCAGAUGAAAAUUUGCAGUACCAAGAGUGCAGUGGAGGAAUUGCAAAUCCGAGUGCCGAUCAGGUGGUCGCUUUGUCUCAUUACGUUCUCCUUGAUGGAAACCCUGAUCUCUAUCCAGGCCUUCCUACGGGGCCAGCUAAGAUCCCAAAGGGGCGUUCAACCUUCUCAGCUUUCAAGCAGCUCUUUUCUCCAUAUACUGAUAGAAUGUAAAUUUGGUGGUA